GUGUGACAUUAACAGAGGUGGAUCACACACAUCAAAGACAUCGUCUAUCAGACAUGGGCCUCAUAAAACAAGGCCGGCAUCGCGACUGGACCAUUCAGGCACUCCCUGCAACAGCGACCACAAGAAGAAGAAGAAGGACUAACGAUGCAAAGCGCUGCGGUUCUCCUCCUCGUGGUUUGGUGUGUGGCGGUGACGUCAGACGUCGGACGCCCCCUGCAGACUCUCAAGACCGGAGGACUUCCCCUCCUCAUGAUGCAGCUCUACAGAGCCAUGCUGACCGAGGACCGGGCCGGGAGAGAGAGUUGGAUCGUGGACAAACCCGGACUGCAUAACUCGGACUCUGUGACCAGUCUUAUCGCUAAAAGCUGCCAGCAGAGGGGCAACAGAUGGUCCAUCACCUUCGACAUGUCCUCCAUGUAUUCCAGCAAUAAUAACUUUCAACAGGCCGAGCUAAGGAUGCGCCUCCCUGCCUUCAGCAAGUCCUCCAUGGCUUUAGUAGACAUCUACCACUCCAGAGUGGACCCGUGUUCUGAAGAGAACUGCUCAGACAACAGGGUGUUCCUGGGACGCCUCAGAGCCCGUCCUGGUUCUAUGACACUCUCCUCCUCGUCCUCCUGGAAGGUGUUCACCAUGACUGAGAUGCUCAGUCGUUGGCGACAACAGGAACCGCUCACGCGCUGGCAUGAGGUAGCCACAGAGAUGGAGGAGGAUCUGGAGGGGGUCCAACACCCUACAGCGAACCGGGUCAUUAUGGUGGUCUUCGCCAGGCAGAAGAGGACACCCACUCUCAUCCACACAGCGGAACAUUCCAAAUACGUGAGCUUGGGAUGGGAUGCUGGCGCCAAGACGAAGUGGCGCAGGACCAAAAGGCACCCACACACUUACCGCAGGCCCAGAGAAAGGAUGCCAGUGGUCAGCCCUGCUGAUACUCUGAACAAGCAAGGUCCUUUAUGCAGGAAGGUGGACAUGUGGGUGGACUUUGAGAAGCUGGGCUGGAGUCAGUGGAUUAUUUAUCCCAAACGCUAUAACGCCUUCCGCUGCGAAGGGGCCUGUCCCACACCUGUCGAUGAGAGAUUUAAACCAACCAACCACGCUUACAUGCAGAGCCUGCUGAAGCACUACCACCCACACAAGGCGCCAUGUUUGUCCUGCGUGCCCACACACCUUUCGCCACUCUCCAUGCUCUACUACGAGAAGGGCAAGCUGGUGAUGAGGCACCACGAGGACAUGGUGGUGAAGGAGUGUGGCUGCCACUGAGAACCUGGACAGCACAGGCAAAGGACACAUUGUACAGUGGCAACAAACAUCUAGCAUGUACACUCAAAAUUAUGUUUUGUACUUUUCAUUAAUAUAACUACAACACUGACUGAAGCACUAUGGUACACAAAGGACGGAACAUUGUUUCUUAAUGCAAGAAAUCUACACAUUUUUGCAUGAUGCAAGUGCUUUAACUUUGAGAUGUUUUGGUCACAUUGACCCAAUUGUUUUGUUACAUUGUACAUUAAAUCAAGUUAUUUAUUUUCAAUUGUGAAGUUUGAGUGAGUACAUAAGUUACUUAUUUGGACGUCAAAGCUGAUUGGUCGCUAACGGUCUCAGCCAGCCAAUCAGGAUACAACUCCAAUUAUGAUGAUUUUGUUGAUUUCACACAGAGUAAACUGUUACAAAGGAUUAAAUCAAUACCAUUUGUAAGAUAAAUUAAAUGUCAUGAGCAUGGUUAACUAGUAAUAAAAUAUAACAAACAAUAGAUUGUAUU